CCCCCUUUUUACAAUGUUAUUUGCAUGUCAGAUUUUGUGUUUAAGUGUUUAAUUUUAUAUAGGUGCUAUAAAGUAAAGUUGUUUUUAAAUAAUGUGCCCGCUCGCUAACCCUUUCAUGCAUUUAAAUAAAUAAAUAAAUAGAUAGGUUUUGGAAACAUUUCAAUUCUGUUUUUGUGUGUCGGUUUUGUUUCUCCCGGUAUAUUUUCUCAAAGUUUGGUGUGUGACAUUUCCAGCUCGAGUUACAAUAACACUGCGUGCUGUUUCUAGUUUCCUCCGGAUCUCGGAUCUCGGAUCUCGGAUCGCUAUCCGCGCCGCUCCCCCCUGUUUGGAUUGCGCGUUGCACGGCUCCAACACAACCCUGGAAAAAAAAAGAACACCUGCGUGGUUCCAUUAUAAUUGGAACUGCGCGUCACGGUAUCCGUGGCGCACUCUCUCUCUCCUUUUAAAAACUCACGCUACGCCCACAGGCAAAGGCUGCAGAGCGGAUUAGAGGUAGCAGUUUAGUUAUAGCCGUGCAGGUGGCUUUCUCUCUUGCGGAGCAGAAGCAGGUGUCCAAUGCAGCUCUCUUCGCGUUGUCUUUGAAAUUAACCACUUCGCGCCUGUUUGGAGCUCCGGACAGCCGCUCGACCUUCCCAAAGGGAGCCUGCAGACCUGGAAUCAAGCUGCGCGGAGCCGAGAUCGAUUGGGAAGCCUCUCUCUCUAUCUCCGAGUCUCCGAUUCUGCUGCGUUAAGCCAUGGCUCUCCUGAUGAAGACCCUCCGUGACUCGCCGGCUGCCUUGCGUCGCAGAUUCACCCGCGACCGGACCGAGAGCCUGUCUCACGGGGACCCGCUGUUCAAGGUGCACUACCUGGGCACGGAGAAGAUCUACUCCCUUCAAGCCGAGCAAGCCGAGGAGGCCAUUGGCCGGCUCCUGCAGGGGGCGCCGGCGGGCAAGCUGCCCAAGGACCACGCCCUGGUGGUGCGGCCACGCUACGUGGAGGUCAAGGAGAUCGCCACCGGGCGGCAGCUGACCAAAACGUACCUGCGGGACAUAGCAUGCUGCGCGGCGGGGGCCACGCGGCCCGACGUCUUCCUCUAUAUCUGCAAGAGCCGUGGGAGCGGGCAGCUGCAGUGCAGGGUGUUCUGGUGCAGCAAGGAGGAGCGGGUUCGACAGCUGACAGGCUGCCUGGCACAGUCCUUCCAGAGAGCGCUCAGUGACUGGCAGGAGAGCUCCGCCAACCAGGGGGAGGAGUCUGAGGGAAUGGAGGGGGCGGGGCCGCCCAGAGGCACGCCCUGCCCGGAGGGGCGGGCCUCUACGCUGCCCGCCAAUCUCGACAGAGGUCGCUGGAGAAAGCAGGCUUGCAACGCCAGGACUCCUUUGAAAGCGAGGGUGAAGAGGGGGUCGACUGGGGAGGAGUGA